AUGCCUGAACUUGUGCCACCAACAAACAAUCGGCCCCAUAUACAUGAGACACCCGAGUUAUCCUCGCAACCUUCUUUGGACAGUAAUAGACAACCCCGUGAAUUAUGCAAAAAAUGUAAUCAGUUGAUAGUUGAGGGCCACGCGUACGAAUUAGGCGACGAUAGAUGGCACAUUCAUUGUUUCAACUGUUCAAAAUGUAACACGUCUUUGGGUUGCAAUUCUAACUUUUUGGUUUUGGGUAAUGGAAAUUUGAUUUGCUCAAACUGUUCCUACAAUUGUAAGCAAUGUGGCAGAAAGAUUGAUGAUUUGGCAAUAUUGACUGGGGAUCAAGCUUACUGUUCCAAUUGUUUCAAAUGCCGUUCUUGUAAGAACAAAAUUGAAGAUUUGAGAUACGCGCGUACAUCGAAAGGAUUAUUUUGUAUGGAUUGUCACCAGAAACUAAUGGCCAAGAAGAAGAAAUACGAUGCGAAAAAGAAACAUUUGGCAUUACUUCAGGAGAAAAGAGUACAGUUGGAACGAGAAAAAGAUCAACGUGAAUUGCAAAUAUUGGAGGAUCAUAAACGAUCAGUCAACUCAUCCAGAAACAGUCUAAUUCAAUCAUAUAUGAAUAACCAAAACAAUCAAUCAGGAGAGAGUUUAUUGUAUCAACAAAACAAUCGCUCAGUAACAUCAGUUACAUCGUCCAAGAACAAGUCAUUGCCUUUACCCCCUACAUCUACAUCACCAGCAAGACCAACCCCUUAUUCUGCAAAUUCAUAUCAGUCCAAAGAGUCAAUUUCUGGGAAGAACAAAACAGACACAUCUCUUGGUUCUUUAUCAACGUCACAAACUUUUUCAGAACACACAAACAAAGGAGGUUCAACUAUGCACAGUAGUACUGGGCUUCAUAAUCCACCAAUAUUUCAAUCAGACAACGACUUUUCCAUUGAGGAAGUUCAAAAUAGCUCGGACUCGGAUUCAAAUGGCGAUGAAAAGAAAUCAAACAGCACUUCGUUGCGAAAUAAGAGUUCUAAUAGAAAUUCAAGAGUUCUGCCUUUUGUAAACCAGUACUCAACCCCUCCAUUGUCUUCAGAUCACUUGAAUACUGACGAAAUAUCAGCAGAUACUGGUGAAAGAACAGUUUACUUGGACGUUAUAGAUACUCCUCCAGAAUCCCAAGCUGAUCCACUUGCCGGAAAUCAAUUAAAACCAGCUCUUGACGUGUCACCAGGACGAAACACCGAGCAAAAAUCCAAGAGCUUUCUUAUUUUAUCACCUAACCAAUUCCACGAUAAUGAGUUUCAUAAUACUAGAUCCCCAAUGAUUGAUUCUCCAGGAACAAUCAUUAGUCUGAACUCGAACCAAAACACGAAAGCAGUCAACUUAUCAGUAGAGGAUAGGCCUCGUUCAGCAUGCCCUUCUCCAUUUGCCAAAGUUAAUAGACAGGCAAGAGUUGUUGAAACGAAUGAUGAAAUCCUGACAGAUGGAGUUGACGAGGAUUUAGCAAUCGGAACUCCGAGACAAGAACAUUCGAGGGCAGGUACCUUGAAAUCAGUGUCUUCACCACCACCAAAGGUGCCAUUACCUAGUACUCCAUCGAGAGGUGAAGAUAUUUCCAAAAAAUUCAGUUUUGUUGAAACACCCAAAGGUUUGGGAUUGGAGGGCGUGGACUACGAUAAUCACGAAGACCAAAGAAGUUAUAUCAAACUGCAACAAGAUCAAAGACAGCAUGAUAUUAGCGAGAAGACUAGCCCGUCUUCAAUAAUGUCUACGCCCAAAAGGGUUGUAGGCAAUUUUUCACCUGCAGUAACCAACUUGGAACCAAAGAAUUCCGAUUUAUCAAAUGACCAACAACACAAACAUCUGCAAAAGAACCAGAAUGUUUCACGUACAGCUUCACUUAUCAAGAACUUGAAACACAAACGUUCCACCUCAGGAAAUCAAAAUAAACUAGCUGCACUUUUCACUACAGGCAGUAAAGAAGAUCACAGAAAUGGCCAUACAAGACAAACAUCUGAUGGGUCACUUUUUAGUAGUAUUGCCAAUGCCUACAUUUCGCCACCAAUAACUAAUGGCGCUUUAGGGGGACGUAAUCAUAUUAGACUGACCUCAGACUCCACAGUAUUGUUAUCAGAUGAAGACCACCACUACAGCAAUGUUGCGGUUAAGAAUGAUAUUGAGCAAUUGAAUAGCAGUAAGGUUUUGCUAGAAGAGGAUGUUAAGAAGUUGAGAGAUGAAAGACAUAAGCUCAAUGAACAGUUGAAGAUGAUACAAUCUAAGAUCUCUUCGGAAUCGAUUAGAUACGACAAUUUGGUAGCUGAAAUUUCCGAGUUGCAGAUACAGAAGACAAAGAUCACAAACGAGAAUAAAGAUUUGAUUGAACAACAAAAAAAUAGACAAGCUUCUGGUGCCACUGGAAAAUUAUCAACGUCAUCUAGCAAUGACUCUGAUCCUGACGCUUCUACAUUGGGCAAGAGUGUGAAUACACAUCUCUCACCUUACAAAAGUUCUUCUGAUAGUACACUGGUUGUAUCAAGAGAGAAUUUUGAAUAUCUGGACCACUUGUCUCCUGAUAGACAUCAAGGUCAAUUUCAACAACAUCAACAAUACCAACAACAAUAUCAACAACAACAGCCACAGCAACAGCUUAUAGAGGACGAACAAGCACAUAAAGCCACACGGUUGAAAUUUUGGAGAAGACCAAAAGUAGGAACAACACAGGUUAUCCUGUCUAAUGAGUAUAAUAACAAUGGUAACGGACACAACAAUGGUGCAAGAAUUCCAAAUAGUUUUUCCACUCAGGCAUUACGUAUACCUGCUCAUAACUCCGGUAGUUCAUUCAAUAACAAUGGAGCAAACAACAAUAACCAACAGAACAAAUUCUCGAAAUCUAAAUCAAGUAACGUAUUGGACUCAUUGCUUUCUGGAGACUCCAGCCAGGUACCACUUUUCAACAGCACUUUACAACAGCGUGCUGAGUAUGAGAAAAGUCAAGUUCCAAUUAUUAUUACCAGAUGUCUAGCUGAGGUCGAGAAACGAGGCUUAGAUUUCGAAGGGAUAUACCGUAUUUCAGGUGGGAAUUCUGCUAUUGUUUCUAUUGAAAAUGCGUUUUCCAGCUUAUCCAAUGAUCCCGAUGAGAAACAAUUAAACCGAGUGGAUGAGACUUUGGAUGUCGAUAUUCAUGCCGUUACAUCAGCAUUGAAGAGAUAUUUACGGAAAUUACCUGAUCCAGUCAUUCCAUUUGACUUGUACGACGACUUUAUUAAAGUAUCAACUAAAGCUUCCCAUUCCAAAGAGGUCCGUAUUGCAGAAUUGCAGAAGAUUGUUAAUAAAUUGCCACCAGCAAACAGAGAGACAUUAAGAUUAAUUGUCAACCAUUUGCAUUUGGUAAAUUCUUUGAAGGAUAUAAAUAAAAUGGGUUAUAAGAAUUUGUCAGUUGUUUUUGCCCCAACUUUAGCGAAGGAUGAAUCCGGUGUAAAAGAAAUGACCGAUAUGGGAUUUAGAAAUGAUACAACAGAGUUACUAUUGACAGAAUCACAUAGAAUCUUUUAG